UCUUGCCCUUUUGAAUCUAUCCCUUUGCCAAUGAGUUACAUCCUACCCCUGCUCACAGGAACCUCAUCUUCAACUGUUCCCAAUCAAGGAGGUAUUGUUAUUGUUAUUGUUGCAGCCAACACAAUAGAUUUGCCAUAAAAGCUUCCCGAAGUAUCUCAAAACACCAUCCGACUUUGGUUGCCAUCGCCAUAGCUAAACUUUUUCUUCCACUUGACAUUUUGUCAUUUUCUACCCAGGAAGACAUAAAGUCUCUUUAAAAACAACAACUACUACCCUCUUGGUUCCAGAAUUCUGACAGAGAGAAAGGUGACUCUGCCAGUUGCCAGUGACAGUUUUGGCAGUUGGGAACAGGAAUGAACCCCAGGCUCAGCUCCCCUGAUUCCCCCUGCUGCUGGUUAUCUGAACAAAUCUUUGUCCUACAUGACACAGACUUCCCUGAUAUUUCAAAUGAGCUAUACAUUCCCCUGAAAGGUGAAAUCUCACCCUUUAACUCUUGUUCAUUUCAGUCCAUUUUAUUCUUUAAAAUCAGACAUUGAUGAAUGCAAGAUUUCCCCUGACCUUUGUGGAAGUGGUACUUGUGUCAAUACUCCAGGCAGUUUUGAGUGUGAAUGUUUUGAAGGCUAUGAAAUCGGGUUCAUGAUGAUGAAGAACUGUAUGGAGGUGGAGACUGUGUGAAUGCAGAAAGCAACUUUGAAUGUGACUGCCCACUUGGACAUGAACUAUCAUCAUUACAUGAGGAUUGUGUGGAUAUUAAUGAAUGUUCUCUGAGUGAUAAUAUGUGUAGAAGUGGAAAAUGUGUGAACAUGAUUGGACUAUACCAGUGUACUUGUAAUCCUGGCUAUCAAGCAACUCCAGAUAGGCAAAGCUGUAUGGAUGUUGAUGAGUGUAUGAUAAUGAAUGGAGACUGUGACACUCAGUGUAGUAACUCAGAAAGCAGCUAUGAAUGUAAUUGCAGUGAAGGUUAUACCCUGAUGCCAGAUAUGAGAACCUGUGCAGAUAUUGAUGAAUGUGAAAAUAAUCCUGGUAUCUGUGAUGGUGGUCGAUGUGGUACUAACAUUCCUGGAGUGUAUCACUGUCUCUCUUAUGAUGGUUUAAUGGCUUCUGUGGAUAUGAAAACAGAUGUUGAUGUGAAUGAAUGUGACAUAGAUUCUAACAUCUGUAUGUUCGGGGAAUGUGAGAACACAAAGGGAUCCUUUAUUUGUCAUGGUCAACUGGGCUAUUCUGGAAAAAAGGGAACUGUUGGAUGUGCAGAUGUAGAUGAAUGUGACAUUGGUGUUCACAACUGCAAUAUGCAUACCUCGUGCUUAAAUAUCCAAGGAAACUUUAAAUGUAGCUGCAGGAAAGGUUGGGUUGGAAAUGGUUUCAAAUGUGUUGAUUUGGAUGAAUGCUCUAAUGGAAGCCACCAAUGUAAUAUAAAUGCCCAGUGUGUGAACACAACAGAUUCAUACCACUCUACUUGUUUUGGAGGAUUCACUGGAGAUAAUUUUAGUUGCUUAGAUGUUGAUGAGUGUGCAGAAAACAUCAAUCUUUGUGAGAAUGGACAGUGCUUAAAUAUCCCUGUUACAUAUAAUUGUGAAUGUGAGAUGGGCUUCACUCCAGGUUCAGAUUGCAAAUCCUGCCAGGAUAUUGGUGAGUGUUCAUUCCAGAAUAUCUGUGUCUUCGGAACCUGUAAAAACCUUCCAGGAGAGUUUCAUUGCAUCUGUGAUGAUGGUUAUGAACUGGAUAGAACUGGAGGAAAUUGUACAGAUGUUGAUGAGUAUGCUGAUCCCAUCAACUGUGUCAGUGGUCUUUGUGUCAAUAGUCCUGGUCGAUAUGAAAGUAACUGUCCACUAGACUUCCAGCUAAACCCAACUGGUAUAGGUUGUGUGGAUAAUCGAGUUGGUAACUGCUACCUGAAAUUUGGACCCCAUGAGGAUGGGAGUUUCUCCUGCAACACUGAGAUUGGUGUUGGAAUUAGUCAUUCCUCAUGUUGCUGCUCUUUGGGAAAGUCCUGGGGAAAUCCUGGUGGCAGUUGCCCACCUGUGAACAGCACUGAUUAUUAUACUCAUUGUCCAGGAAGUGAGGGCUUCAGACCUAAUCCUAUCACUAUCAUCCUUGAAGACAUUGAUGAAUGCCAAGAAUUACCAGGUCUCUACCAGGAUGGAAAUAGUAUCAACACUUUUGGAAACUUUCAAUGUGAAUGCCCACAAGGCUACUACCUCAGUGAGGAAUCUCGUAUUUGUGAAGAUAUUGAUGAAUAUUUUCCAUAUCCUGGUGUCUGUGGGCCUGGGACCUGCUAUAAUGCCUUGGGAAAUUACACUUGCAUUUGUCCUCCUGAAUAUAUGCAAAUCAAUGGUGGGCAUAACUGUAUGGACAUGAAAAAAAGCUUUUGCUACCGGAACUACAACAAAACCACAGGUGAAAAUGAGUUGCCCUUUAAUGUGGCCAAAAGGAUGUGCUGUUGCACAUACAAUGUUGGCAAAGCUUGGAAUAAACCUUGUGAGCCAAACCCAACUCCAGGAGCAGUUGAAUUUAAAGCCAUAUGUGGAAAUAUUCCUGGAUUUACCUUUGAUAUUCAUACAGGAAAAGCUGUGGACAUUGAUGAAUGCAAGGAGAUUCCAAGUAUUUGUGCAAAUGGUGUUUGUAUUAACCAGAUUGGCUCUUUUCACUGUGAAUGUCCUACAGGAUUCAGUUACAAUGAUCUACUCUUGGUCUGUGAAGAUCCCAAUGAAGGUUUGGAAAUUCCAAAUAUUUGCAGUCAUAGCUUGUGUGUGGAUUUGCAAGGAAGUUAUCAGUGUGUCUGUCACAGUGGUUUUAAAGUAUCAGAAGACCAGACCAUGUGCAUGGAUGUUAAUGAAUCUGAUCAUCUGUGUGGAAGUGAAGCAUGGAAAAACACAGUUGGAUCUUAUAAUUGUCACUGCUACCCAAGGUUUGAACUUACUCAUCAUAAUGAUUGUCUAAAUAUAGAUGAAUGUGGUUCAUUUUUUGGACAGGUAUAUAGAAAUGGGCAAUGCUUUAAUGAAAUUAGUUCAUUCAAAUGUUUGUGUAAUGAAGGAUAUGAAUUUACUCCAGAUGGCAAAAAUUACAUUGAUACUAAUAAAUGUGUUACCCUGCUGGGCUCUUGUUCUCCUGAAGCUUGUCAGAACCUAGAUGAAUCAUUUCGAUGCAUCUGCCCAGGUUAUGAUGUAAAAAGUGAAAAUCGCAUUGAUAUAAAUGAAUAUAAUGAAGAUCCCAACAUCUGCCUUUUUGGCUCUUGCACGAAUACUCCAGGAAGUUUCCAAACUGUCUACCCCACAAGUUUUAUAUUGUCUGACAAUGGACGGAGAUGCUUUGAUCCUCGCCAGAGCUUCUGCUUCAAAAAUUUUGAGAAUGGAAUGUGCACAGUACCAAAAGCUUUCUGUACCACAAAGGCAAAGUAUUGUUACAAUAAAAUACCAGGAGAAGGCUGGGGUGACUCUUGUGAAUUGUGUUCCAAAAAUGAUGAAGUUGCUUUCCAGGAUUUAUGCCCAUUUGGCCACGGAAUUGUCCCUGGUCUUCAUGAUACACGGGAAGAUGUCAAUGAAUGUCUUGAAAGUCCAGGCAUUUGUUCAAAUGUUCAGUGUAUCAACACAAAUGGAUCAUUUCCCUGUGAAUGCCCUAUGGGCUACAACUUUGAUUACACUGGACUACACUGUGUGGAUACAAAUGAAUGUUCAAUUGGGAAUCCAUGUGGAAAUGGGACAUGCAUUAAUGUUAUUGGGAGUUUUGAAUGCAAUUGUAAUGAUGGAUUCAAGUCAAGUCCCAUGAUGAAUUGUGAAGACUUCAAUGAAUAUGCCCAGAAUCCACUGUUAUGUGCUUUUCGCUGCAUAAACACCUUUGGUUACUAUGAAUGUACUUGUCCUUCUAGCUUUUCCCUAAGAGAAGAUCAAAAGAUGUGUAAAGAUCUAGAUGAAUGUCCUGAAGGUUUACAUGACUUUGAAUCUAAAGGCUUGAUGUGUAAGAAUCUGAUUGGUACUUUUAUGUGUAUAUGCCCCACUGGAAUGACACAAAGACCUGAUGGGGAAGAUUACAUCGAUGAAAAUGAAUGGUGGACAAAGCCAGGAAUCUAUGAAAAUGGUCAUUGUAUUAACAUUGUUGGGAGCUAUAAGUGUGAAUGUAACGAAGGAUUCCAGUCAGGUUCAUUAGACACUGAGUGCCUUGACCACAGAAAAGGAUUCUGUUUUGCAGAAGUUCUACAAUCAAUGUGUCACAUGACUGCCAGUAGCCGGAACCUUGUCAGGAAGUCAGAAUGUUGCUGCAAUGAAAGAUGGGGUUGGGGAAACCAAUGUGAACUUUGCCCUCUUUCUGGAACUACCCAGUACAGAAAGAUUUUUCCUCAUGGCCCAGGAUAUGCCACAGAUGGAAGAGAUCUUGAUGAGUGUCCCCAGUCUCUUAAACUUUGCAACUUUAUCUGCAAAAACAAUGAUGGAAGUUAUCAGUGUUCUUGUCCUCGAGGAUAUAUUUUACAAGAAGAUGGAAAGACCUGUAGAGACCUUGGUGAAUGUCAACCCAAACAACAAAACUGUCAGUUCCUCUGUAUUAAUACCCUGGGAGAUUUCACAUGCAAAUGCUCACCUGAAUUCACAUAUAUGAGUCAUGAUGUGGAUGAAUGUGAUGGAAACCAUAGGUGCCAGCAUAGCUGCCAAAACAUCCUCCAAGGUUACAAGUGUGGUUGUCCACAAGGAUAUAUUCAACAUUAUCAAUGGAAUCAGUGUGUUGAUGAGAAUGAGUGCACCAAUCCUAAUACUUGUGACUCUGCCUCCUGCUACAAUACUCUUGGAACUUACAAGUGUGCUUGUCCAUCUGGAUUCUCUUUUGACCAGUUUUCCAGCGAAUGCCAUGAUGUGAAUGAAUGUUCAUCAACAAACAACCCAUGCAAUUUUGGUUGUUCCAACAAUGAAGGUGGUUAUCUCUGUGGCUCUCCACCUGGGUACUACAGAGUCGGACAAGGUCACUAUGUCUCAGGAAUGGGAUUUAACAAAAGCCAGUAUCUGUCAGUGGAUACAAAGGUAGACAAAGAAAAUACUUUCUCUCCUGAAACAUGCUAUGAAUUCAAAAUAAAUGGCUACCCUAAGAAAGACAGCAGACAAAAAAGAGAUAUUGAGGAAACUGAACCAACCUUGGUUGAAAAGAUGAGCUUAGAAAAUAUAGACCUGGACACUCCAAUAAAAAUGAAAUUCAACUUUUCCAGCCUUGGAAAUAAGUUACACAUUCUAGAAUUUAUACCUGCCAUUGAGUCACUCAACAACCACAUUCGAUAUAUCAUCUCCCAGGGGAAUGAAAAUGGCAUCUUCCGAAUACAUCAACAAGAUGGACUAAGCUACUUGCACACAGCCAAGAAAAAAUCUGUGCCUGGAACUUACACACUCGAAAUAACUAGCAUUCCUCUGUAUAAGAAGAAAGAACUUAAGAAACUAGAAGACAAUAAUGAGGACAACUACUUCCUAGGGGAGCUUAGUGAAGCUCUCAGAAUAAGGCUCCAUAUUCAACUCUACUAACCCCUUUUUGGACUUGGUUCAAUGCUCAGAUCACUUCAGUUCUCCUAUUUAAUCUACUUGAGCAUGUCUAGUCUUCAAGAUAUAAAGAGUCAGUGACUUUUUUUUUUAAGCAGAAAAAAAAUUAUUAUUUCUUCCCUCCUUUCCCACUUACCCUUGUCUUCUAAACUUCAGAAUGAUAACCUUUGCAGCAGCUGUACUUUAAACUCUGAUGUGGCCAAAGAUUUGGGUUCAAAGGCAACUUUGGUUACUUCUUUUAUAUAUAUGUGUAUGCUUAUACACAUAUAUAUAACCUAACUUUAAAAUACAUUAAAAAAUGUUCGAUAUCAGCAUUUAGGCACUAAGUGCACAAAGAUAAUGUGAGCUUAUUUUUUUUCCUGUUAGCAGUCUGUAACAAGUUAGGUAUUUUGCUAUAGUUCCUAAUUUUGAAAAUAUAGAUGUUUAUUUAUUUUUAAUGCAGUAACUAUAUGGAGAAAUGAACAGACUAAACAAGAAGGGAAACUAAUUUGUUUUUCUUUAGAUUAGAAAUUUGAGCUAUUUCAUUUUAGAGGUGAUUUUUUAAAAUUCCAAUAGAUUCAAGAGAUGUUACCUUUUAUUUUUCCAGUCAUCCAACUUGUUUUUAAGAGAAUCUUGCAGAACUGAAUGCAUAUUGUAAUUAUUUAAGAGAUGAAAAUUACCUAAGAUUCUGUUAAGGAAGAUCUAAAUUAGAACAGCUCACUGUGUUUGUGUUUCACCGUACAUCAAUAGAAGAUGAAACACAACCACUGUAGCAAAAUACCUUGACUGCUUGUAAUACUAUUAGCAUUGCAGACCAAAUUGUACUGUAUUUCCUUCUCAAAGAACCACAUAUGCUACCCACAACACCUAAUUCUUACAAAGGGUGCUCUACAUAUUUGUGUUACUAUAGGCAGCUGAAAUGUCAUUCCUUUGAAAGGAACUCCUGAAGUUUCCUAGGGUUUGGUGCUGGCUUAGAUUAAUGGUGCAUUUACUAUGAUCAAGCUAUUUCAGAAUUGCCAUAUGUGCAAACUAAUCAUGCAGUGCAGCCAAGGAAAUAUGUUUUUUGAAAAAUUUUUUUAGAACUUUCAUUAAUGCUGUAGUUAUAUGCCAUAUGUUUCAUUUUGUCACAUUUUAUUGUGUAUGAAAGGUGUUUGUAUAAUUAAUUGAUAUUUAGUUUGCUUUAGUCAUUGUUUUAAACCUGUACUAUUAUGUGCUAAUAAGAUGAAGUCCCAAUGGUGUUUUGACAACAAUUACCUAUAAGGACACAUAACCAAACCUCAUAUAUAACACAGCCAAAGCACAUAAAUAAUCUAGUUGUGUUUCUAUCUUCUACCUGUGCUGACCCAAGAUUAGUAACCAGUUAUAUCCUGUAUUUUGUUUUUUGUUUUGUUUGGGAAAAGAAACAUUGUACAUUUGUAAUCAAGUGUUUGUGAGGAAAGAUUUUUGGUUUUUGCUUUUGUUUGUUUUUAUAGAUCUGUAUCAAAUAUGAAAACAUUCUUGCAUUAAAAUCUUAUUUGGGGGUAAAUGUUCUGGAAUUACAUGUGUUUUAACAGUAUAAAGCACUUGUUACACAAA